UACGCGGGUCCUCAGCGUGUUCUGCUCCUCCGUCUGAGAGACACCAACCACCGGCUACUGCGGGGACUCACUAAUCCUCAACUGGAUUUCAAUACAUGGACUUUCAACUUUUUAAAUAUAGCCUAACAGAGUUUGGUUUUCUCUCUCACUCGGGGGAUACCAGCAAAAGGCAGCGUGUUAUUAAACCACAAAAUAGUCACUUAACCUUGGCAAAGUGUAAAUUACGAUAAAUACGGACUGGGCACAUCUAGUUAACAAGUUUUUUUUUUUUUUUUUUGCAACUAUGCAACUCACGGGCAACUCACAGGUGCUACUAACUUGAGGGUAUUUUAUUAAUUUAUGCUUUAUAGACGUAACUUACCAAUCAUUUAAAUUGCACAGGUCUGCUAAGUAUGUCCCAGUGUACAGUCUACCGCAUGUGCCCGUCCACCGGAAUGAAAUAUAUAAAAUAACAAAUGUAGGGGAAAGGACUAUACUUACAGCCAUUGGGAUGGAGUGAAUGUACAGCCGACGAGAGCAUGGGAGCCGAAAUGAACGCCAGCAUGGACGCGGCCAGCCGCGGUGGCGAAGCUGCCUUUCCGCAGCAUGUCACAGUCAUUUUAGCCGUUUUGAUGGUUACACUGGUUAUUGUUACGGUCCUUGGGAACGCGCUGGUCAUUUAUGCGUUCAAAGUCGACCGGAGUCUCAGAAGGCAAAGCAACUACUUCCUCUUAAACCUGGCGAUAUCUGAUUUUCUUGUUGGUGCCUUUUGCAUUCCUUUCUACAUCCCCUACAUCCUGACUGGCAGGUGGAUGCUGGGAAGGGGUCUCUGUAAACUCUGGCUGGUGAUGGACUACCUGCUGUGCACUGCCUCCGUCUUCAACAUCGUCCUCAUCAGCUACGACCGCUUCAUGUCCGUGACCCGGGCCGUGUCCUACAGGGCCCGGCAGGGCAUGACGAACUCGGCCAUGGUGAAGAUGGCGGCGGUGUGGGUGCUGGCCUUCCUGCUGUACGGCCCCGCCAUCCUCUUCUGGGAGUGGGUCGUGGGCCGGAGCAACGUGCCGAGCGGCGAGUGCUUUGCCGAGUUCUACUACACCUGGUACUUCCUGCUGAGCGCUUCCACGCUGGAGUUCUUCUCGCCCUUCAUCUCGGUGACCUUCUUCAACCUGAGCAUCUACCUGAGCAUCCGCCGGCGGAACCGCGAGCGCGCGCAGCGGGCCCCGGGGCCGAGGAGCCCGCCCCGCCAGCAGGUUGCCGUGGGCGUCCCCUCCUCCCUACUCUGCAGCUCCACCCCCGUGCCGGAGAGGGACGCCAUCUCAGCAGACACAAAGUCCGCACUGGCCCAGACCGCUGCUCCUGAGGGGAGCCCGGUUAGGAGCUCCCAGAAUCUGCGACUCUCCCGGGACAAAAAGAUCGCCAAGUCUCUGGCCAUUAUUGUGUGCGUCUUCGGCGUCUGCUGGGCACCGUACACCCUCCUGAUGAUCAUUCGGGCGGCCUGUAGUGGGCGCUGUGUAGAGCGUCACUGGUACGAGGUCACUUUCUGGCUCCUGUGGCUCAAUUCGGCCAUUAACCCCUUCCUGUACCCUCUCUGUCACAGCAGCUUCCGAAGGGCCUUCGCCAAGAUACUGUGCCCCAAGCGGGUGGCCGUGCAAGACCUCGGGGAUGCCCACUGCUGCCACUGACACCGGGUGGCGCUCUCCAAAGACAUCAGGGUAACUUCACAGGCAGAGCCGGUUCAUUCCCGAGAAACAAACAUUCUGCCGCCUGGAAAUGUGCAUCUUUAGACGUGGCUGUUAUCGAUGUAGAACAUCACAGUAAAUCUGUACCCCUGUAAACCACAUCCCCCGUUCCUCUGUAAUGGUGCUCCCAAAACCCGUGUCCGAAGAGUUCCUGUCGACGUCCUAAACCCUAAGCUUCUGGUGGAUGAGUCACCUGUGACGUCGAGUCAUGCACUUCGCAUUUUGAGCGGACGUGGGGGCAGUUAGGCAGAGAGACCCAGGAUCAGCGGUGGGGGGGCUGGUCUGACUCACUUCCCAAUGGGUUACAGCGGGCAGUGAGUGACAUGGUUCCGGAAUCCCACCAAUCCUGGGUUUUUCAUCCCUUUUCUCCCAUUAUUGGUUUUGGGACCUAAAACACUGUGCAAUUCAAUGAAAUCAAGGCGACUUCCUCAUGUGAAUUUUACUAAGGCUUUCGGCAAGAAGAGUCAGUGCACUUUUACAUAUAAUUAUAUGGCGUGUGAUAUUUUCACCGAAGCGACUAACAUGCGGCGAAAUAAAGAUCGUAAACACAUCGGCACAUAAUCAGUAGGUUCACAAACUGCAUACUGUGUGACGUACGGUAUUAGUCCGAAAUACGCAGAAAUAACAAAUACAACGCACACUACAAAGGAUAGAUGUUAAAGACACAUAGAAAUUACGGCUAAAUAAAGCCAAGGACAUCAGUUAAAGACGUGUCCGUGGGUGGGGGCUGAAUUCCAGGCGGGAUAUUAGUGACAUUAGUAGACUAAAAUGUAUAAAUAAAUGCAGCGAUUAGCAGCGAAUCCCAUAACGCAGCGCCGUUAGUGUUUCGCACGAAAUUCAUCAGGAUCCGGUGAGGAGUCCGGGGCUCAAGUGCCAGUUAAGGAGGCGAGUCUGUGCCCUUUCCCGUCAAGCGGAAGGGAGACCACAUGGGGCUCGGAAGGAUGUGCAGGGGCCACAUAAAUAAACAGCUGUCUUAAUCAUCAGCAGUCAAUAGGGCC